CUGGCCCAGGGGCUCUAGCUGAUGUCAUGUGAGAAGUCCUUGUCGUAAACAAUUAAUAAUUCUUUUUAUUGACGCAAAAUAAAUUGCUUCACACUCUGAGUACACUGCGGACACACACGGAUCGGACACUUCACCACCAGAAGGCUUCAGCAGCAGCAGCAGGAGGAGGACCACUGCGUGUUUCUGUCGCUUCCUGCUUCCUCAACAAGAGUGUCUGAGAAAUCUGCAAGACGCAGCGCCAAGCACCGCAGAACACGGAGACCCGCUGAAGCCAAGGGGAGCCCGCUUGUGUGGUUUCCAGUGUUGUUUUAGGACUGAGCGGACCUGCCGGUUUCUCCUGCGUCCUGAUCCUCCGCAUCCGCCCGAGCAUGGGCGGCGAGUCGGUCUGCAGAUAAACACACUCUAACUCUGACUGGUGACCAGUCAUGGAACCCCAGCGGACUUGGUUCCCCUGGGUGCACUGCCAGGAGAGUGAAUCCUCUAGUCCAGACGAGGAGCGGGAGCAGCGCUGGGCUGAACUCUUUGAACAGCUGGACAUCAACAAAGAUGGACACAUUGACAUCCUUGAACUGCGGAGAGGGCUGGCAGACCAGGGGCUUUCCAAAGGCUUAGUAGAGAAGAUCGUGGAGGCCGGAGACACCAACCGUGAUGGAGUCCUGGACUUAGAAGAGUUCACUCAGUAUCUUCGUAGCCAUGAAAAGCAGCUUAAAGACAUGUUUCGCAGCCUGGACAAUAACAACGAUGGUUGCAUAGAUGCAACAGAGAUUCAGGUCUGUCUUCGCAACAUUGGUGUGAAUAUUAGCUUGGAGGAUGCCAACAGGAUUUUGUUAAGUAUAGAUAAGGAUGGUACAAUGACCAUUGACUGGAAUGAGUGGCGGGACCACUUCCUGUUUAACCCUAUCACUAACAUGGAGGAAGUGGCGUGCCAUUGGAAACGCUCAUUGAUGGUGGACAUCGGUGAGCAGCUGACAGUCCCAGAUGAAUUUUCAGAAGAGGAAAAGAAGUCUGGGUUUGUCUGGCGGCAGCUGAUGGCUGGAGCCAUUGCCGGAUCUGUAUCCCGAACUGGAACGGCCCCUUUAGACAGGCUCAAAGUCUUCCGACAGGUACACGGCUCCUCUGAUUUUAAAGGGAAUGUGCUAAGCAAUUUUCAGACGAUGGUGAAAGAGGGAGGAAUCUGGUCUCUGUGGAGGGGAAAUGGAAUCAAUGUCCUAAAAAUUGCCCCAGAGACUGCUAUCAAGUUUGCAGCUUACGAACAGAUCAAGAAAAUGAUGCGUGGCAGUAAUGAAUCUAGGACUUUAAAAGUACAUGAGAGAUUCGUUGCCGGUUCUUUGGCUGGAGCAACAGCUCAGACAGCCAUCUAUCCAAUGGAGGUGUUAAAGACCCGUCUCACACUGAGAAAAACAGGUCAAUACUCAGGAAUAGCAGACUGUGCCAAACAGAUCCUACAGAGAGAAGGCGUCGCAGCCUUCUACAAGGGCUAUAUACCUAACUUGCUGGGUAUUAUCCCUUACGCUGGCAUCGAUCUGGCUGUCUACGAGACUCUGAAGUUUGCUUGGCUGAACAGGAACAGAGGUUUAGUGGACCCAGGGGUCACAGUGCUGGUCGGAUGUGGUGCUGUGUCCAGCACUUGUGGACAAUUGGCAAGUUACCCUUUGGCGCUGAUCCGUACCCGAAUGCAAGCGCAAGCUUCAGUGAAGGGAGCCCCUAAGGUCUCCAUGCUGACAUUGCUUCAAACCAUUUUGAGCCAGGAGGGCAUCACUGGACUUUAUCGAGGAAUUUCUCCCAACAUGCUCAAAGUCAUCCCCGCUGUGAGCGUGUCCUAUGUCGUCUAUGAAUACACAAGGAUAUUCCUUGGAGUGGAUAUAGAGGGUAGGAGGGUGGUACUUAGAGAAGAUGGAGGGCUGAUCCAAUUUCCUCAUUUGUAAGUGAGAGGAAUGAUUGGUUACAUCGUAACCAAUUCUCUCUAAGUAGAGAGACUUACAGGGUCUCCCAGUCCCACAUAUUUUACAUGUAAGGGGUCUGAUCUCCAUGGGGAUACUCUUUAAGAGACAUCACUGAUUGGCUACAGAGUCAGAGAACCUAGGUUACAAAGUAACCAACUGUUCUCUUAUGUAUCAAGGCUCUCUCUCCACCCAUUUUCCAUGUAUAUGAGGACUCUGUAACAAACACAGUUAGGAAACGAAGCAAAUGUAGCACAAAAUGGCAGCUGAGUACUAGUGUGAUUGUAGAGUUCUUCUACACAUAAGCAUAUGCUCAUGGUUUUGAUCCAAGAUGCUACCAAAGGUUAGCUGCCGCUCCCAAGCACUACGCCUACUUGCAAAUGUAAGGAAAGCCACUUGGCUACAGUGAAAAAACAACAUCAUUCUCAACCAUAUGUGAGCCAUGUGCUAUAGAAUCUAGCAUGUGUUUUUCAAUUAAGUCACUUUUAGCAGUCAAAUCUGGUAAAAGUGGACAAGUUUGUCCAAAGGGCUCCUGUAAAAAAUUUCUGUGAGAAACACAUCCUGCAAUAAAACCCAUGAGGUGGGAGAACUCCUCAAGGAAAGACAUGCAUUCUGCAGGUCCUGGACUGCCCAUUUAAAUGAAUAGUAGAUCACCUCCACAAUCCAAUGAGAGGUUUCCCCAGGCAGUCUGGUCUGUUACCAACGAGUAGUUCACCUACUGAUCUCUGAGCACAAGUCUGAAAAAGAUACAUCUUGAAAACAAGGCCUUUAAGUGAAAUGGAGGGUUUGUGUAAAGCACCGCCUGCAUAAUCUGGCAGCCAGCUGCAACACUACUUGUGUGCUGAAAGGUCUGACGUUCUCAUAGUCUUUCAGCUGAUACCACAACCAGCUUGAACACAAAACCAUUACCUCCAAAUCCCAUGGCAGGACAGCACAGCAUAACACUACGAGCACUUUUGGCAAAAAGGCAAUACAGGUGCUACGACCUGCAAAGGUUGUUUUCAUGGCUGCAAUCAGUCCCCUCAAAGCUAACAGGGCUAAACUGGAGAAUGUCAGGGGCUGUGCAGAUGAGGGAAUCCACCUGUCUCACAUUGAACUCUCUGUUUCAACUUUGCUUGAACUACUACGUAGUCAUAAGAACACACCACCCUGUUUGAUCAAGAGCCUUCGGCAACGCUGUGGCUGGAAACUCAGAGGCCAGGCCUAAAGCCUCAGCCUCUGUGAAAAGGGAUGAUAACGGUUGCUAAGAUACAGACCUGAUGACCACAAUGAUGAGGGUCACUCAACCUAAACUCUUUGCAGGAGGAUACGGAGGCAAGUAAAGGGAGGCAGGUCAAAUAGAAGGCCCCUAAGGCCACGGAUGUGCCACUGUGCAGAUAGCUGACUGAAAACACAACCCAGCGACACAAAGCUCACGUCACCUGAGUCCUCUGAAACUGACUGGGCUGGUGUAGCCUGUGGUGUCUUUAGGAUACAUUCUACAGCCCUGUUUAUUCUCACAAUUAGUGAUUUAGUGGUCACACUUUACAGUGCCCUUUCCUCCGUCUGCGUCCCUCUGAUUUCGCUCUCUGCUUCACACUGCCGGUCCCAACGUCCUACUGUGUAAAUAAGGGAGGUCACGAUUAGCUGAUGACUGGCAACAGUGCCAGUCAGGCUCCCCUGGCACUGCCCCGGAACCCUCUGCCCCACCCCUCCCCUGCCGCUGCGUCACAAACCGCAUCCCGCCACCAUACUCAUGUUUUCUGGACUCCAUGGAAAUCAAGUUAGUAAAAAGCCCUGCACACAUUGCACCUACACUGCCAUAUUGCCAACCAUUGUGUGUACACCACAGGUGAUGUGUCUUAAACAGUAUACACAGUAACUGAGCUUGGGGGAUCAGUCCUUGUACAUGUGGAAUAUGUAGGGUGGACGUACACUCCUGACUUAAAAGGGCAACAAUUAGUAAAGCAAAGCAAUAGGUAUUGAAAACAAAACUACUGAACUACUGAAGAGGCACUCUGCCAUGCAUUUUCUAGAAGAGUUACAACUGAAUAAAGCACACCCAAAGACUUUAUAUUUUACAGAAGAUGAACUGCCAAAGCCAUUUCAAGGAGCACAGAUUGUUUCAGAUAACUUCUUUGGCUAAAUGCUCAUGGGUAAUGUCACUGUUCUUAUGCAGAGAAGUAUUUGAAUGCUUUCUUACUACAUGGGCCAGUGCCAUGUACAGUAUUUUCAUAAACACUAUACUAAGACUUAUCUUUGUCUGUAUCAUGAAACAAUAAUAGUAUUUAAUGCAAGUGAACAUUUUUUCUCAAUAUCAAAAUAUGUAUGAAUGAAAAAUAAAAUGAAAG